GCCGCGCCGCGCCGGCCGGGAGGGGGCCGGAGCCGGGACCAUGGCGGCGGCGGCGGCGGCGGGCGCCGAGGGGCGGCGCGCGGCGCUGGAGGCGGCGGCGGCGCCCGAGCGGGGCGGCGGGAGCUGCGUGCUGUGCUGCGGCGACCUGGAGGCCACGGCGCUGGGCCGCUGCGACCACCCGGUGUGCUACCGCUGCUCCACCAAGAUGCGGGUGCUAUGCGAGCAGCGUUACUGCGCCGUGUGCCGGGAGGAGCUGCGCCAGGUGGUCUUUGGGAAGAAGCUUCCUGCCUUCGCCACGAUCCCCAUCCACCAGCUGCAGCACGAGAAAAAGUACGACAUCUACUUUGCAGACGGAAAAGUGUUUGCCUUGUACAGGCAGCUGCUGCAGCAUGAGUGCCCACGGUGCCCCGAGCUGCCACCCUUCAGCCUCUUCGGGGACCUGGAGCAGCACAUGCGGAAGCAGCACGAGCUCUUCUGCUGCCGGCUGUGCCUCCAACACCUGCAGAUCUUCACGUACGAGCGCAAGUGGUACUCGCGCAAGGACCUGGCUCGCCACCGCAUGCAGGGGGACCCUGACGACACGUCGCACCGUGGGCACCCCCUCUGCAAGUUUUGUGACGAGCGCUACCUAGACAACGACGAGCUGCUCAAGCACCUGCGCCGCGACCACUACUUCUGCCACUUCUGCGACGCAGACGGGGCCCAGGACUACUACAGCGACUACGCGUACCUGCGAGAGCACUUCCGGGAGAAGCACUUCCUGUGUGAGGAGGGCCGCUGCAGCACGGAGCAGUUCACCCACGCCUUCCGCACCGAGAUCGACCUCAAGGCUCACAAGACGGCCUGCCACAGCCGGAGCCGCGCCGAGGCCCGCCAGAACCGCCAGAUCGACCUGCAGUUCAGCUACGCGCCUCGGCACUCACGCCGGAACGAGGGGGUGGUCGGAGGCGAGGACUAUGAGGAGGUGGACAGGUACAGCCGUGCGAGCCGGGCUGGCACGCGCGGAGCCCAGCAGAGCCGCCGAGGAAGCUGGAGGUAUAAGAGGGAAGAAGAGGACCGAGAAGUGGCAGCUGCUGUCCGGGCCUCGGUGGCCGCACAGCAACAGGAGGAGACGCGAAGGAGCGAGGACCGGGAGGAGGUCAGCAGGCCCAAGAAGGAGGAGGCAGCUGCUAGGGGGCCUGAGGAGCCCCGUGUUCCUCGGCGUGUGGCCCGGGCUCAGGGCGAAGGCCCAGGUGCCAAGGAAAUCUCAACAAACGGUCCUAUAGGCCAAGAGACCUUCCCAGCGAUGGGCCCAGUGACAGGGGCUGCCCCCCUGAGUGCCCUCCCGCCGUCCACCCCCAAGCUCAAGGACGAAGACUUCCCCAGCCUCUCCGCCUCCACUUCCUCCUUCUCCACAGUGGCAGCCCCGGGCCCUGUGGGGCUGGCACUGGUGUACCCUGUUCCUGCCAGAGGCAGGGGCAGGAACACCUUCCAGGAGGAGGACUUUCCUGCCCUGGUGUCCUCAGCAUCCAAGCCCAGCACUGCCCCCACCAGCCUCAUCUCUGCCUGGAACAGCAGCUGCAGCAAGAAGGUGGCACAGCCCACCCCAGCGGCCCAGGCUGCCAGUGGGGGCAGCCAGCCCACCAGGAAGGCUGGGAAGGGGAGCAGGGGCAAGAGGGGUGGCCCACCCCCCAUGGAGGAGGAGGAGGGUGUGCAGGAGCUGCGGAGCGCACGUUCCACAGUCUCUGCCUCCUCCCCAUUGGGGCCGGCGUCUGCCCAGACCUCCAAGGUCAGCAGAAAGAAGAAGGUGGGCACCGAAAAGCCCAGUGCCACGUUACCCCAGCCACUGCCCUCCAGCUGCCCUGUAAAACCCCUUGGGGCUGAACAGGCCCCCGAAGCUCCCACCAGCAGAGGCGAAGGGCCAGUUGCUAUCAUCAACGGACACGCAGAGGGCCCAGCCUCGGCACGGAAUGCCCCCAAGGAACCCCCUGGGCUCCCAAGGCCCCUGGGGCCCCUCCCUUGCCCCACACCCCAGGAAGACUUCCCAGCACUCGGCGGCCCCUGCCCACCCCGGAUGCCUCCUCCCCCAGGCUUCAACGCUGUGGUGCUCCUGAAGGGCACAGCACCCCCACCCCCGCCAGGGUUGGUGCCCCCCGUCAGCAAGCCACCCCCCGGCUUCUCUGGCCUCCUGCCCAGCCCCCACCCGGCCUGCGUCCCCAGCCCCACCACCAUCACCACGAAAGCGCCCAGGCUGCCGUCCAUGCCACGGACCUACCUGGUCCCCGAGAACUUCCGGGAGAGGAACCUGCAGCUCAUCCAGUCCAUCAGGGACUUCCUGCAGAGCGACGAGGCCCGCUUCAGCGAGUUCAAGAGCCACUCGGGGGAGUUCAGACAGGGCAUGAUCUCUGCUGCCCAGUACUACAAGAGUUGCCGGGACCUGCUCGGGGAGAACUUCCAGAAGAUCUUUAACGAGCUGCUGGUGCUGCUGCCCGACACGGCCAAGCAGCAGGAGCUGCUGUCUGCGCAUGCCAACUUCCACAGCCGGGAGAAGCCUCCCGGCGCCAAGUCCAGGAAGAAUAAGAAGAGCGCAUGGCAGACUGACACCCGGCCGGCAGGCCUGGAUUGCUGCGUGUGCCCCACCUGCCAGCAGGUCCUUGCUCAUGGCGACAUCAGCAGCCACCAGGCACUGCACGCUGCCCGGGACGAUGACUUCCCCUCCCUGCAAGCCAUUGCCAGGAUCAUCGCGUAGCCCCCACCAGUGAGGGCAGGAGCCGUCACACCCGUGAGCAUCCUUUCUCCUUCCUUCCUCCUGGCUGCCAUGUGGCCAGGUAAGGCCCUGGUGAGGCCGCUUGCUCAUCCUCUCGGGUGGCCAGGCCCACCAGAGAGUCGCUAGGAAGGUCCACCCUGCCUGUCAGCACGCUGUCACGCAAAGUUCCAUCCCCUGCGUCAGGAGUGGUCUUGGUUUAUAUUCUCCUGCUUUUGGAAGGCGCCAGGGGAGGGAAGGGCUGGGGUGCGGAGACCUGUCCCUGCCGUCAAAGCCAGAGGCCACAGCGGCCUGCUCUGGGCCCUCUGGAAGCGGAAGGCUGCGGCACCUGCAGCCACAGACCUGAAAGUUGUGGCUCCGCUGGUGCUGGAGUCCAGUGUCACAUGUGUUGUGUAAACAGUUGGCUGUUUCGUGAUUCAAGAAUGUUCAGGAUUAAAAGCAGACACGAAAUUGUGCUACUUGAAGUUGAAUCUUUUUAUGAGACAAGCUGAAUCUGGGAUCUCAAAUUGCCUCUGGCCUUUUAUAAGACAGUUUAUCUUCAAAUAAAUUUAUUUUGCAAUAC